AAACUGGGAUUUGGUUAGCCGUGCUGUUGUGGCGCCGUGCUCUAGACAUUUUCCGGCUCCGCUGUGCGGCCUCGGUGGAGAAGCUGAGGUCCCCAAGCCGCUGCUACAGACGAGCUUCGAUCCCGCGCGGGGACGUCAGGAGAGCUGAGGGUGAAGAGUCUGCGGGGCUUGGGCAGGGACACCUGUGGAGCUCGGACCGCGGAGUCUCCUCUCCGCCCCGUCGUGCUUCCCCCCGAGAGGAAGGGAGAACCAGCCCAGCCAUGAACUAAGAGAGUUUUGGGACCUCCAUCUUUUGCAAGAGCACUGUUUCUCCUACAGUUUUGAUGAGGACUUCCUAAUCUCUAUCUUUUAAAAGACAUGAAUGGAGAGUACAGAGGCAGAGGAUUUGGACGGGGAAGAUUUCAAAGCUGGAAAAGAGGAAGAGGUGGUGGGAGCUUCUUAGGAAAAUGGAGAGAACUAAAGCACAGACCUGACCUGAAUAAAGCCACAGGAAAACAUCCUGAACAAACCCCACAGUCUUUGCUACUACAAUCAACGUUGGAUCAAUUCAUACCAUAUAAAGGCUGGAAGCUUUAUUUGUCAGAAGUUUACAGCGACAGCUCUCCUUUUAUUGAGAAGAUUCAAGCAUUUGAAAAUUUUUUUGCAAGGCGUAUCGAUUUAUACGAUAAGGCUCUGGACAUGCAGGCUCAGUGGCCACGGCUCACGGGCCUAGCUGCUCCGCGGCAUGUGGGAUCUUCCCAGACUGGGACACAAACCCGUGUCCCCUGCAUCGGCAGGCGGACUCUCAACCACUGCGCCACCAGGGAAGCCCUGGAUGAAAUAGAAAGAAAGGGAAGUAUUUUGGUGGAUUUUAAAGAACUGACAAAAGAUGACGAAAUAGCUAAAUUGAUACCAAAUAUAGCAAAUGAAUUAAGGGAUACACCUGACAAAACCCUGGCUUGCAUGGGUCUGGCAAUACAUCAGGUGUUAACUAAGGAUCUUGAAAGGCAUGCAGCUGAGUUACAAGCCCAAGAAGGAUUGUCUAGAAAUGGGGAGACAAUGGUAAAUGUGCCACACAUUCAUACAAGGGUAUACAACUAUGAGCCCUUAACACAGCUCAAGAAUGUCCGAGCAAAUUACUAUGGAAAAUACAUUGCUCUGAGAGGGACAGUGGUUCGCGUCAGUAAUAUAAAGCCUCUCUGUACCAAGAUGGCUUUUCUUUGUGCUGCGUGUGGAGAAAUUCAGAGUUUUUCUCUUCCAGAUGGAAAAUAUAAUCUUCCCACAAAGUGUCCUGUGCCUGCAUGUCGAGGGAAGUCAUUUACUGCACUCCGAAGCUCUCCUCUCACAGUUACGAUGGACUGGCAGUCAAUCAAAAUCCAGGAGUCGAUGUCUGAUGAUCAGCGAGAAGCAGGUCGGAUUCCACGAACAAUAGAAUGUGAGCUUGUUCACGAUCUUGUGGAUAGCUGUGUCCCAGGAGACACAGUGACUAUCACUGGAGUUGUCAAAGUCUCAAAUGCUGAGGAAGGUUCUCGAAAUAAGAAUGACAAAUGCAUGUUCCUUUUGUACAUUGAAGCAAAUUCUGUUAGCAACAGCAAAGGACAGAAAACUAAGCCUUCCGAGGAUGAGUAUAAGCAUGGAACAUUGAUGGAGUUCUCACUUAAGGACCUUUAUGCCAUCCAGGAGAUUCAAUCUGAAGAAAACCUGUUUAAACUCAUUGUCAACUCGCUUUGCCCUGUCAUUUUUGGUCAUGAACUUGUUAAAGCAGGUUUGGCGUUAGCACUCUUUGGAGGAAGCCAGAAAUAUGUAGAUGACAAAAACAGAAUUCCAAUUCGAGGAGACCCACAUGUCCUUGUUGUUGGAGACCCAGGCUUGGGAAAGAGUCAGAUGCUACAGGCAGUGUGCAAUGUUGCUCCACGUGGCGUGUAUGUUUGUGGUAAUACCACAACCACCUCUGGUUUGACUGUAACUCUUUCAAAAGAUAGUUCCUCUGGAGAUUUUGCUUUGGAAGCUGGUGCCCUGGUACUUGGUGAUCAAGGUAUCUGUGGAAUAGAUGAAUUUGAUAAGAUGGGGAAUCAACAUCAAGCCUUGUUAGAAGCCAUGGAACAGCAAUGUAUUAGUCUCGCUAAGGCUGGCGUAGUUUGCAGCCUUCCUGCAAGAACUUCCAUUAUUGCUGCUGCCAAUCCAGUAGGAGGACACUACAAUAAAGCUAAAACAGUUUCUGAGAAUUUAAAAAUGGGGAGUGCCCUACUAUCCAGAUUUGAUUUAGUCUUUAUCCUGUUAGACACCCCAAAUGAGGAUCAUGAUCAUUUACUCUCUGAACAUGUGAUUGCAAUAAGGGCUGGAAAGCAGAGAGCUGUUAGCAGUGCCACAGUAGCUCGUAUGAAUAGUCAAGAUUCAAAUACUUCUAUACUUGAAGUGGUUUCUGAUAAACCACUAUCAGAAAGACUAAAGGUGGUUCCUGGAGAAACAAUAGAUCCGAUUCCCCACCAGCUAUUGAGAAAGUACAUUGGUUAUGCUCGGCAGUAUGUCUCUCCAAGGCUAUCCACAGAAGCUACUCAAAUUCUUCAGGAUUUUUACCUUGAGCUCCGGAAACAGAGCCAGCGGUUAAAUAGCUCACCAAUCACUACUAGGCAGCUGGAAUCUUUGAUUCGUCUAACAGAGGCACGAGCAAGGUUGGAAUUGAGAGAGGAAGCAACCAAAGAAGAUGCUGAGGACAUAGUUGAAAUUAUGAAAUAUAGCAUGUUAGGAACUUACUCUGAUGAAUUUGGGAACCUAGAUUUUGAACGAUCCCAGCAUGGUUCUGGAAUGAGCAACAGGUCAACAGCAAAAAGAUUUAUUUCCGCUCUCAACAACAUUGCUGAAAGAACUUACAAUAAUUUAUUUCAAUUUCAUCAACUUCGGCAGAUUGCCAAAGAGCUAAACAUUCAGGUAGCUGAUUUUGAAAGUUUUAUUGGAUCACUAAAUGACCAAGGUUACCUCUUGAAAAAAGGCCCAAAGGUUUACCAGCUUCAAACUAUGUAAAAGAGCUACCAAGCCAGGCCCUCCUGGGUUUAUUAUGAAGAAUAUGCACCCAAAAAAAAAAAAAAAAAAAGUUAUCUGAAAAAUAACAUCCCAAAAGUAAUGCAAUAGGAAAAGAGUGUUGAACUAAUUUAAGAAGUGAUAAAGUCAUGUGUUAAUUUUUUACUUCUCCAAAAGGCUAAAAAUAAAUUGUUUAUAUUUUAUCUAAAUGAUGUAAUUAGAAAUUAUUUAUAGUUUUAUUUUUGACCUGUCUUUCAUUCUUAUAAAUAUUUCAUAGUCUUGCAUAUCACAUGUGUAUCUGGGUAAGCAUUUACAAAGUUACAUUUAAAUGUUUAAAUAGUUCUGACACACAAAAUUGAAUAUCUUUUAGAAAUAAAUUGAAACCAACUUUCAAUUCCCAAAAAAUUUGGAAAUUU